UUCCAUUCCUAUCACACACCACAAGAGAAAAAAUGGCUACCACUGCAACCAUUUCCUCUCUUCUUCUUCUUCUGCUGCUCCUCCUCCCCUCCCUCUUCCUCCCCAUUUGUGGGCUAAGUGAUACAAAAGCUGGGGCCCAAUUCGCCAGACGGGCCCAUAUGAAGAAGCUAAGGCAGAAGGUGAGCCACCUCCACUUCUACUUCCACGACGUGGUGAGCGGCCGCAACGCGACGGCGGUGCCCGUCACCGAGCCGGUGAUGAAUCUUCCGUCGGCCUUCGGCAUGAUCACCAUGAUGGAUGAUUUGCUGACGGAGGCCCCGGAGCCGACGUCGAAGGCCGUGGGCCGGGCCCAGGGGAUGUACGCGUCCGCGGCCCAGCAGGAGCUGGGCUUGCUCAUGGCCAUGAACUUGGUGUUCACGGAGGGGAAGUACAACGGCAGCGUGCUCACCGUGCUGGGCCGCAAUCCACCGUUCCAGCAGGUACGGGAGAUGCCGGUCGUCGGAGGGAGUGGGCUGUUCCGCUUCGCCCGUGGCUUUGCUCAGGCCCACACCCACUGGUUCGAUCUCAAAUCGGGGGAUGCAGUUGUUGAGUACAACGUUUAUGUGAUGCACUACUGAAACUUAUCGUUGAGAUUUUAGAUUGAACCAGUAAUUAUAUGUAGGAUUUCUUUGUCAUUUUCUUUAGUUUUGAUUUCUAUGCAGACUGGUGUGUUUGAUCGA